AUGCCAACCCGGGAUGCUCACCUACAAUUCGAAAAAUGGGCGCGCGAAUACGGUCCAGUAUACAGCUUGAUGCUCGGCACCAAGGUCUUGAUUGUGUUGUCGAGCGACGAGGCUGUGAAGGAGCUUCUUGACCGACGAAGUGGCAUAUACUCGGACAGACUGGACAUGUAUAUCGGUCAAACAUUGUGCAGUGGGGGCUUGAGAUUGCUGAUGAUGAGAUACGGACCAGUAUGGAGAGGUUUCCGUAAAAUGAUCCACGGACUUCUCAACGUCAACACAUCCAAGUCCUACAUUGCAUACCAGAUGCUCGAGAACAAACAGAUGCUGUACCAACUGCUAGAGCAGCCCGACGACUUUCUCAAGCACAUCAGGAGGUAUUCGAAUGCUCUAACAACCACCAUGGUCUUCGGCUGGCGGACGCCCACGUACGAAGAUGCUAACAUGAAGCAACUCUUCGAAGGGUUCUCUGAGUUCGCCGAGAUCAACCAGACUGGUGCAGCCGCGCUGAUUGAUUUCUAUCCGGUCCUUCGGAACCUGCCCGACUUCCUGUUGCCGGCGCAAAAGAAAGCCAAGUCCCUCCACAAGCACGAGAAGGCGCUGUACUUGAAACACUGGCUGAAUGCGAAAGCGGAUAUCAAGAAUGGAAGCAUUAAGCCGUGCUUCUGCGUGGGCAUGGCGGAGGCUCAGAAGGCCGACGGGUUUAGUGACGACCAAGCGGCGUACAUAUCUGGCACACUCCUUGAAGCAGGCUCGGACACCACCUCAAGCACGCUCUAUGGCUUCAUCCAGGCCAUGCUCCUCUAUCCGGAAGUCCAGAAGAAGGCACAGGAGGAGAUCGACAAGGCCGUGGGCGACCGCUUGCCGACGAUGGACGACGAUUCGAGUCUCCAAUAUGUCCGUGCCUGUAUGAAGGAGACAUUGCGGUGGAUGCCGACCACGAUCCUAGGAGCUGUGCCACACGCAGUGACCAAAGAUGACGAGUACAUGGGUUACCUCAUCCCCAAGGGCGCCGGAGUCAUGAACAAUGUUUGGGCGAUCCAGAUGGAUCCAAAGCGCCACCCGAACCCUCGACAAUUCGACCCCGAACGAUACCUCCACGAUACACAGAGCCUCUACGAUUCAGCCGCGAACGCCGACGCCCGCAAGCGCGACGUGUUCACCUUCGGCGCCGGGCGGCGCAUCUGUCCCGGCAUGCACGUCGCUGAGCGCAGCUUGUUUUUGGGGAUAUCGCGGAUCUUGUGGGCGUUCAACGUCGAGCCCACCGUCGAUACCGAAGGGAACAAGGUCCUGCCUGAUCAGGAGAAGCUGACACAGGGGUUUGUGUGCAUGCCAGAGGAGUUUCAGGCGAGUAUCACCCCGAGAACGGCGGAACGCGCGCGCAUUGUGAGGGAUGAGUGGUACAAAGCCGAGAUUGAGUGCCUAGAUCCUCACACCAAACAGUGGUUGAGCCAUGCACAGCCGUAG